AUGGAAUGCGACGCACGGGGAGAGGGGCGAGGGGGUGCCAGUGGCGGGUGUGCCAGUGGGGGGUGUGCCGAGACAGGCGGAGGGGGCCUCGUAGCAGCAGGUAGUGAGGAAGCGGGAGCAGCAGCAGCAGCAGCGGCAGCAGCGGCAGCAUGUGGGGCAGCAGGCGAGCAGGUGGGUGUGCGGGUGCUGCGGCGUCUGUACCCCGGCAUAGCACCCCUCGCCCACUUGCUCCGCCUCCCACUGCUCGCCCGGGGAGGCGACGCACCCACACCCAAAGGCAGGGCGGCAAAACGCGGAGCACAACGGGGCGAGGUGGAGGGCAGAGCAGGAGAAGCGUGCGGAAACGAAACGGAACGAAGAUGUUUGGAGGAGGAGGCGUGCGAGGGCGAGUGUGACGCGAGAGGCACGAGAGUCACGCGAAAGCGGCAGCGGGACACAGACGGUGCCAUCGACAACAACAAUGCGCGAGGGAGAGGAGGGUGGGCGACAGGAGGAGCGGCGGAGGAGGAGGAGGAUGAGGCGGUGGAGAGUGUGGUGAGGGAGGCCCUGGCGUGGAUGCCUGAGGAGCACUGUGCUGCGCUCCAUGCACUGCUGCUGCAGGGGGGAGAGGGGGGGAGGGGGCAUGAGGAAGCAGGUGGUGGUGGCGAGGAUGGCGAGCAGGGAGGGCGUGGUGGCAUGAGGUGGACGCAAGAGGAGGCUAUGCCCUUCACGUCGCCGCAGAGUGAGCUGCAGUGGGCCACGGCGCCGCCAUGCCUUCCCGGCUUGCAGCAGAACCACAUUCCCACCCACUCACUCUCGCCCAUGCCACCAAACAACACUCUCUCCCAUCCCUCCUCCUCCGCCGCCUCCAACCCACCCAAGCCCAUUGCGCCUGCCACCACCCUGCCAGCUGCUGCGGCGUCACCUGUGACCUCGCCUCUCCCGCACAACACGGCGUGGGCCGUUGUCACGUCGCCCCCCUGGCAGCACCUGCUAAACAAGGUGGGCGUGCCAGCAAUGGUUCAUCUGCUCUCGCAUGCCUCCAUAUUCGUGCCACUUGGAGCCUCCUCAUUCGUCCAAGUGGCAGGCCCUCCUGUAUCCAGCCAUGCACUGCAAUCGCGCUGCUCUACCUUCGACCGCCUACACCCUCCUGCGUCACCCCACUCCCGCCCUCCAUGCCACUCCCCUGCUCUUGGCACCGCGCACGCCCAGCCAUCAGCAGCAUGCGUGCCCUCGCGCACGCGCCAUGUGGUGGCACGUGUGGCAGUAGGCGCUGGUGGUGGGGGGGGCCUUCGUGGCAGUGCUGCGGUGGGCGGGGUGCAGCACAGAGGGAGAGGCAGGAGGGAUGCUGGGAGGAGCAAGGACGGCGGCACGGGUGUGCAUGUGUGGAGUGCAGGACAAGGCCGGGGGAAUAUGGCGACGGAAAAGGAGGUGGCGGGGAGUACAGGAGGAGAGACUGAGGAAGGGCGGGGAGGGGAGGGAAGGAUGAGGGUGGGGUGGGCGAGGGCAGAUGGGUCAGUUGGAAGAAGGGGAGACGGUGAGGGAGGUGGGGAUGGGCGCAGAGGGGAGGAGAGCAGGCGUGCAGAGCGAGGUGCGGGUGAGGGUAAGGGCGUCCCUGGGUGGCCCAAGGAGGUGGCUGGGGGAGGGGAGCGAGACGCAGAGCAAGCAGAGGGCGGCUGUGACAGGGAGGGGCAGGUGGGAGAUGGUUCAGAUGAUGGGGUUAACGUGGGUGCAGAGAAGAAGAGAAAGAGGGGGAAGAGGAACAGGGGCGGCCGGAAGGUGCAACGGAGUGCGGAAAGGAGAAAGGGAGGGGAAGGUGGGUGUGGUCAUGGGCGGGGAAGAGAAAAAGGAGCAGAGGGGAACGGAAGGGAGGGGGCAGAUGGUGGACGGUGCGUGGAUGCAGAUGCAGGGAGAGAUGCUGCUCGUGGCAGGGGACAUGGGUGGAAAGGCGAGUGCGAUAGGGAAGGAGAGAACGGAGAGAACGGGCAGCACCGAAGAGUGGGCGCUGUGGAGGGAGGUGUGGUGGAGGAGGGGGGUAAGCGACAGGAGAAGGCAGGUGAGAUAAGGAGAGAGGCAGAUGAGGAUGGGAGGACUGCUCGCCAGCAUCCUUCUCAGCAUCACCGGCACGGCACCUUUCCUUCACCACGACCAUCCGUGCUCCCUGCACCCCACAGCACGUCCCUGCUGGCAGGCGUGCAGCGGCAGCUUGUGCCGCGCUCCUCGCUCUUCUACUGCUCCAGCUUUGCUCUUCACCCCGGCCUGCCCAAGUCACACAUUCUGAACCGCCUUCCCGCCACAAGAGAGGGUGCGGGGCAGCUGUACCAACACGUCUUCCAUCAGCCCCUAGAGCGCGCAGCAGCAGCACCUGCUGCAUGCGCACAGCAGCACCAAGGGGCAGUCUGUGGGCCCGCCACUUACCUGCUCAACGCCCCGCCCUCGCCUGCUCUUCUCGCCCUGCUGCACUCCAUGCUCCGCCGUGCCCGUGCAUGCAACUUCUCCCGCCUGCUCGCCAAGCACUGCCCUCUCCCUGCCGCCUCCUCUCCAACCCCGCUUGCUGCUGCCGUGCCUGUACAGGCCGCUGCUGGAGACGCUUCUACUGCUAAAGCAGCAGCCAGUCCUGCUGUCGGUUCAGGCAGUGCCCGUGAGGUGGUGGCAGGAUCAGAUGGGGCUGCUGAAGCUGUAGCAGCAGCGCGUGGCAGUAGUACCAGUGACGCGCCUUGCAAUGGCGCUGUCUCCACCAGUGAUGCCAGUGAACGUGCACCUGCUCAUGCUGUGCAGCCAGCGGCAGUGGACAUGCAUGGCCGCCCACCCGCCAUGGGUGCUCCUGCUGCACAUGUGAGCGGCACACCCAGAGCGCCAUCACCUACACCUGAUGCUCAUGCACCUGUGCCUGCGGCUGAUUCGGCAGUGGAAGGUGAAGCUGCUGCCACGCCCACUGCAAAUUCUGCUGCUGAGGCCGUUGACGCUGGUUUGCCCUCACGCUCACGCGAGCACGCACCCCUUGGGACACUUAAUUCAGGCAGCAGGAGAAGAGCAGGGAGUGGGAGUGGGAGUGCAAAAGGGCAGGGCAUGGGGAGCCUGAUGGAGGUGCCUGUAGAGGAGCUAGUGCAGGCCACGAGCAGCCAGCAGCAGGUAGCUAACUUCACAUGGGCCGUGAUCCGUAGCAUCGUGCCUUGCCAUCUGCUGCCCCGUGGGAGAGAUGAGGGCAUAGCAGUGGUGAAGAAGGGUGGAGCAGGGGGAAGGGGAACAGCAGAGGUGGGAAGGGGAGGAGAAGUGGAGGCGGGAGGGAGAAAAAGGGAAGCGGUUGCUACGGUAGCAGUUGCAGCAAGGAGGCAAGGCGGACGAGGGGUGGGCGGGGAAGCUGCCUCUAAGGCUGCAAAGCAGCAUGGCAAGGGUGGGAGAAAGGGAAGCAUGCGGCGGAUGAGACAGUUGAUAGGUCGCUUUGUUGGGCUGCGCAGGUUCGACCAGUUACCCCUGCACGCCGCCAUGCACCGCUUGCCCACCGCCUGCCUCCCCUGGUCCCCUGCCGCAAUAACCAAGGCCAGUGGGCGAGCGGGGGGUGAGAGAGAGGGUCAGGGGGGAGAAGCACGGGGAGGGAGUGGACGGAGCAGGAGGGAGAAAGAACAGGAGAGUGGUAAGAAGCAGGGGAGUUGUGGGAUGGAUGAGGAGGAAGAGCAAGGUGUGGCGAGCGAGGAGGAGAGGGGGAGAGAUGAAGAGGUGGAGAUGCGGAGGGGGGACGAGGGCGAGCAGGCAGGGCAGCAAGAGCAACCGAAGCAGGUGCAAUCAGUCUGUGAGGGGCAACAGGAGCAGGGCGGCGGUGGGAGGGUGGCAGCACGGCAUGUGCAUGCAGUGCAGGCGCACCGGGUGCUGAGCUGCGUGUGGGUGCAGUGGGUGCUGGCGGAGCUGGUCAUUCCCGUGCUGCGCAGCCACUUCUAUGUCACGGAGAGUGAGGUGCAGCGCCACACCGUGUGCUUCUACCGCAAGCCCGUGUGGGCCCGCAUCAGGUACCUUGCACUGCAGCGCCUUGCCUCCUCCGCCACCUUCCACAAGCUCACACCUGCUGCUGCCAAGCACCUACUCCUCCCCCCCCGCCGCACCACCGCCCCUGGCCACCGCACAGCUGCAGCCAGCCAAGGCAGCAGCUUCAAGGGCGGAGAGGCAGGGGGCGGCGGAGGGGAGGGGGGUGCGCUGGGAGUAGCGCGCGUGCGGUUUGUGCCCAAGGCGCAGACGGUACGACCCAUUGUGAACCUCGGCGCCAGCAGCCACGUGUCCCUCGCUCCCAGAGGAAAACGGACGCGCAAGAGAGCGAGAGCCGGGGGACGGGAUGGGAAGGGUGGAGGUGCAUGGGAGGUGGAAGAGGGUGGGGAGGAGGAGGUGGGGGGGAUGCAAGGGAGAGCAGAGCUGGAUGCUCAGUUUCGAUCCGCCUUUGGAGUGUUUGCUGCGGCUGCCCCAGGAGGCGGGGGCGAAAGACAAGGCGGUGGGGGUAGCGUGGGGCAGGGGAUUGGGGAAGGUGGGGAUAAGGGGAGUGGGGAAGGUGGGGAGAAGGGGAGUGGGGAAGGUGGGGACAAGGGGAGUGGGGAAGGUGGGGAUAAGGGGAAUGGGGAAGGUGGGGCUAAGGGGAGUGGGAAAGGUGGGGACAAGGGGAGUGGGAAAGGUGGGGGUAGGGAGGGCGACGAAGAGGAUGAGGGGUGUGCGGUGGGACGUGGUGAGGAGGAGGGGCCACGUGACGGUGCUACUGAACGCCCUGUGGGGGGAAGAUCCAUGGGUAGAAAGGAUGGUUCUGACUGGCGUGAUGCGCAUGGUGGGCGUGGUGGGCGUGAGCAGAUGCAGCAGAGGAAGGGAGAGGAGGAGCAGGUCUGUAGGACUGCCAUAGCCAGAGAUGAGGGAGUGAGGAAGGUGGUGGUGAGUGAGAGAGAGGGGGGGAGACAGGAGCAAGACAGGGAUUCUGUGGAUGGACAAUUGGCGAUAGGGCAUGGUGUUGCUGCUGCUCCUGCUGCUCGUCCUCCUGCUGCUGCUGCUGCUGCUGCUGCUACUGCCAUUCCCUUGAAGAGCAGGGAGAACGAGAUCACUUGUGCCACUGCUUCCUGUGGCUCCUCUCCUGCUCCACCUGCUGCUGCUCUUUCUGGUGACCGGGGGAUGAAGAGCACUGGGGAGGUGAAGGAGGACAGUAGUGCUAAGCGAGUGGACAACAAGGGCGAGGCAGAUGGAUCCACAUCCACAUCCUCAUCCACACAGGAAAGCAGGUAUGCAGUGGGGGAGAUGGCCGAGGCAGCAGCUCAGAUGCCCCCAGCUCAGUGCUCGUGCUGUGCCAUACAGCUGCAGAGUCGGGACCAGAUGAACAGCGAGCAGCAGCAGAAUGAGGGUCAUGCAUCGGUGCCGCCGGAAGGGCAAGACCGUAGCCCUGGCAUUGCACAAGCACAAGGGGGUGGCUGGGAGACUGCUCCGCCUCCGCCCGCGCCCUGCCUGCACUGCUUCACUAUGCGCCCCACUGGGCCGCGUGCAGCAGCCCGCUUCUGGGAACUCACCCGCAAGAGCAAGCCUGGGCUUGUCAUGGGGCAAGACCGGAACGGGCAGGGGGCAGUUAAAAGGGAUGAUGGUGGCGGGCCGGGGAGGUUUGGGUUGCGACGGUGCGAGAAGAGGAAAGCGGUGUAUGAUGUGUGUGGGCCGAGGGGCGGCAGGAAGAGAAGAGGUGGGGAAGGAGCCAAGGAGCAGCGAGAACCAAAUCGCGUGGUUGCUGCUGCUGCUGCUCCUGCUGCUACUGCUACUGCUGCUACUGCUGCUGGUUCCUCACCAGCAAGUAGCAGUACUGCUCCUGCCGUUGCUGCUCCGAAUGUUGCAGGUGCUUUUGGAAAUACUAAUGCUGCUACUACAACCAGGGAUGAAACCGCAGCCCCCUCGCAAUCGCACGUGGCCCCACAGCAGCGCACACAGCAGCCCACGCAGCUGCUGCAGCAGCUCUCCACGGCCUUCCCAGGCCUCCUGUCAGAAGUGCCUCGCAGUGUGCCCGGGGUUCCAAGGAUCUUCCUUGAGGCCCUGCGCAUGCGCAAUGAGCUUGUGGUGGGGGCGUGUCAGGCCAUAGGGAGGAGGCGACAGUCACAGCCCAGCCCUGCCACGCUACCUCCAGCAGGAGGCGCCCGCAUGCCUGCAGAGGGAACAGCAGCCAUGGGCCCCCUAGAGCUUGCCACGGCAGCAGACGGCGAGGCAGCAGAGGAGUCAGAUUCAGAGUCAGAGGACUUUUUUGGGUCCGUGUUGAGAACCGUUCGGCAGGAGAACAGAGUCGCUGCCGCUGCUGCCAAGGCCGCGAGGGCCCGUGCACGUCCAGGUGCUCAGGUGCGUCAACAGCACAGGGAUCUCCUCCGCAACGCAGGGAUCUCCCCAGGGGCCGCUGAAGAGAAGCAGAUUUCGCAGGUGGCUGUGGGUGGUGGUGCUGUGGGUGGCACCGGCACCGGCACCCCAUGCGCCACUGAUCACGUGCCGACCAUCAUCUCAGGAGCUGCCCGCACACGGCCGUACAACUUCAAGCCGAGGCCAAUCUUCCGGGUAUCUCCUCUUGUACUCAGCACUCCCACGCCUCCAGCUCCUCGUACAACAGCAACUUCUCCUGCCAGCCGUGCUGACACCCCAGGGGCUGCUGCUGCUGCUGCCGUGUGCACGCCUCCCCCUCCUCCUGCGCUGCCAGAUCGCCCGAUUCACUGCCCUCCUCCCCCCCCCUCUUGCACCUCCCCGCCCGUAUCCUCUGCCCUUCCUGACUCCUGCACGCCUAUUCCUGAUCCCAAGCAACCCACAGUCACAGAGCAUCGGCAGGCGGCGGCGCAGCAGGCUGGGAAGGCAGGGGAGCAGGAGGAGGGCAAGCGGCGACCGGUGCAGGCAAAGAGGAGGCGGCAGGUGGUGCGGUUUGGGCCGAUCAACAGUGGUUUGAGGAGCAUCCACACAUGCCUGCAGGUGGAGAGCAGGCGAGGGUGGCAUGGCGGAGGGGGGCACCAUGACAGGGCUGCCCAGGAUGCUGCAUGCUGCCAUGGCGCUGAGGCACGUGGUGGUGGUGGUGAUGAUGGCAUGGCAUGUGAGGGUUUAGGUGGUGGUGCCACUGCCACUCAGAGUCGGUACGACAGGGCGAUGCAGAGGAGUGGGGAUGGGGCGGCGAGGGAUGAUCAGAGGAGAGAAGCUCAGGGGGAGGAUGAGCAGUGCGGUGGGGAAGGAGAAGAGCAAGAGGAGGUCGGGGGAGGGGAAGGAGAGGAUAGCAGGGAGGAAGGGAGCAGAAAGAGGAGGAAGGAGAGUGGGCGCACGGGCAGAGGAGAGAGGAUCCGCGGGGGUGGCGAUGAUGGUGCUGCGAGUGGUAUGGGGAUAGGGAGGAACAUUGAGGGGGUGGUGAGUGAGGGGAAGGAGGACGGUAAGAAGAGGAGGAGCAGUGAGGAGGAGAAUCAAGUUGGAGUCGAGGGAAGAGGAAUGGGAGGUGCAAACCAAAAGCUGGGAAGUGGGGUGCGAGGUUGCGUAGGGGAGGCGAGGCAGUGCAGGGAGGACAGGCUAGGAGCAUCUGUGUUUGGAUACAGUGAUGCGUAUGGGCGCUACCGUGCCUUUGUGCUCCGCUUGAGAGCCCGCCUGCCUGCCAUGCGCGGCCCCACUGCGCACCACACUGCCUGCAGCACCCCGGGGCAGCAACAGGGGGAGGCGUGGGAUGGGACGUGUGAGGCGAAGCAGCAAGAACGAUGGUUCAAUCAGCAGCUGUGUGACUGGUGGCGUGAGAGGGUGACACGUGUACCCCCUGUGUACAUGGCAGUGUGUGACGUGGCACAAGCGUAUGACACGAUUCCGCACGCCAAGCUCUUGGAAAUCAUGCAGGAGUUUGUUGAAACGCCAGCCUACAUUGCGGGGCAAUCAGGGGCUUGCAUUGUGGAGGAUAAGGGCCUGACUUCCCUGUGGCAUCGCGACCACAUACUCCAGCUGCUGCGGCGCCACAUCAGCUGCCACGUCAUCAGGGCUGGGCGGCAUUUUUUCUUGCAGCGAACAGGAAUCCCGCAGGGCUCGGUGCUGUCUGCGCUGCUGUGCUCCCUCUUCUAUGCACACCUGGACCGCCACGUGCUCCUCCCCUCCCUCACACCACUUGCCCUGGGCGCUCCUUUGCCACCGGAGAGUGGGGAGGGCAGGAGUGCAGGGCAGGGCGGGGAGUUGGGAGAACACAGGGGGGACGGGGGCGAGGAGGGGGCGGGUGAAGGAGGCGAGUGUGAGAGGCGCAAGGAGAGGGAGAAGAGAUGGGAGGCAGUGCGGGUGAGGGUAGGGAUGGUUGGAGCAGAGGAGAAGGAAGGAGAGGCUUGUGGGAGUGGUGCCAAGCCAGUGCAUCCACCUAGACAUAGCAAUUCCCAGCAGCAACACGAGCAGCAGCAGCAGCAGCAGCAGCAACGUGACUCCCCUCCCCCUCCCCUUGGCGCCCACUCCCUGCUGCUGCGGCUCAUAGAUGACUCUCUCUUCAUCUCCACAUCGCAACCCCAUGUUGCUGCUUACGUGGCCGCCAUGCACACAGGCUUCCAGGAGUACGGCUGCCGGGCCAACCAGAGCAAGACAGCUGUCAACUUCCCACUGGAGCUGGGGAAGGGAAAAAGAGAGAUAGGUGGGAGUGUGGCUGGUGGGGACAUGGACGGAUGUGGACGGAAGGAAGGAGAGCGGGUGGCAAGGGAUGGAGGAAUGCAGGUGGAAGAGGGCAGUGCAGGUAUGGAGCAGCAGGGACAGGAAGGAGCAGAAAGAAUGGACGUGGAGGGGGAGAAGAGGAUGGGGAAUGGAGAGCAGGGCGAGGCAGGGGAAAGGCAGAGCGGCGAGCGGACAUUUCAGGAGAGGGUGUAUGAGGAGGAGGUUGGGGAUGGUGGGGAGAUGGUGCAGGGCUUGGAGACGAAGCGGCGAUUCAUGCGGUGGGCAGGGCUGCUGGUGAACUGCAGCACGCUGGAGGUGCAGGCAGACUACACCAGGUGCGCCCUCCCCCUCCUCACUGCCCCUCCCUGCACUCCCUCUCAUGCCGCCACUGCCCUGCACUUGCUGCUGUACUGGGGCACGGACAUGGCCACAGCAGUGACAGUAAGUUUCUGUGACCCCCCUGCAACGGCGAUACCCACGAAGCUGCGGCAGUUCCUGCGGCCCAAGUGCAGCGCACUACUGCUGGACCCUGCAAUCAACAGUUCCCCCACACUGCUUGUCAACGCGUACCAGGCGCUGUGCCUCGCCGCCAUCAAGCUCACUGCCUACUGCCGUGCGCGCCGCCUCUCCCCCGCUGCUGCCUGCACGCCACGCUCUCGCUGCGUGCCUCGCACGACUCGUGAUCGUACCACGCACAGCAUGGGAAAGAGCAAGUCAGGGGAGGAGAAGCCAUGGAAGCGAAAGGGCGGUGGGGCCUCUCCUGCUGUGCGAGGUCGAUGUGUGUGCCACGUACAGGCCCAGUUCUUCACCCGUGCGAUUAUUGACGCUAUCAACUACUAUGCAAGGCUCAUUCGAUCGCGGCUGGAAGCAGCAUCCAGGGAAGUGGGAGAACCCAUCCCAUGCCUAUUCACCACUGACAUAGUCACCUUCUUGGGCCUCUCCGCGUUCACCACGGUUCUCAAUGCAAAGCGCGGUGCAUGGAAGGGCGUGGUUGUGAGGCUGCAAGGGCGGCUGCGGUGUAGGCAGAUGGCAGCAGUUGGGGAUGACCCCGUGGUUAAGCAGGCCUUGCAUCCCAGCAGACACUCUGUCUUUGGACGAAUCCUCUUCUGA